AAAUGCACCGCUCAUACUACGCCCAGUGAUCGAAUCUCCGUCGGAAGUCAGUCACUUGCUGGUGAUCGUUGAAGGCGGUGGUUAUUAGCGAUUUUUCAACCGAGAACCGUUCGGUUGCCUAGUUUGGGUGGUCUACCAUAUUCAAGUUGUCUAGCGAGUCGUGUCGUGUCACCGUUGUUGUACCAUGGGCAAUUCAAAGUUUUCACGCGAUCAAAAGAAGGAAGAAAGCAAAAAGGUGGAAGCGGAGAGUGCAACGGAAACUGUUCCACAAAAAUCGCCAAAACAGGUGGCGCAUCGCAGACAAUAAAAGAGACACAUUGUGAAGAUGAACAUAGAAAUCUCUCGUCUAACGAUGGCUAGCGCGGAACACGGUACGGAUCAGGCUGAUCGUGGCAUGCGCAAGGAGUACUUCAACAGCAGUGGAGCUGGGAAGUUCUUGCCUCCGGUUUUCAAACUUCUCGAGCUGGCUGUCGCAAUCGUUUGCAUCGGACUGAUCGAUGAUCCGGCCCACAAUUCGCGCCUUCGCGUGUUCAUCUCAUCGCGCACCGUUGCGCUCGCUUACGCCACCUUCGCCAUGUUUCUGGUAUUCUCCGUGGUCUAUCUGUUCGGAAAGGUUAUUCGAGACAACUUUCCGUGGAAGCUGAGCUCGCUGCUGAACUUGACCGGUUUCAUCCUCUACCUGGCGACCGCUGCCUGCAUUUUGAGCGAUUGGUCCGAAACGAAAAACCGCAACUAUUGGCCACCGAACACGCAAAGAAUGGAUUUCCUGUGCGGUGCCGGUUCGGUUUCGGUGGUUGGUGCAAUGUUCUACCUGAUCGAUCUUAUUGUCACCGUGCGCCUUGGCAUGAAGGGCGAAAUUAAGUAAAGCGACAUAAGGCAGUUUGUUUUUUUCUUCUUAUCGUACAAUUCUUCCAUCCAUCUAGAUGUUAAGCUUACAAAACACAAAUGUUACAAUGUUAUUUUCUUUUUCGAAACAACCAUGUACAUAUCGAGAAACGAGCUACGCAAGCCAAACUAUCGUAACGAGCCACAUUUUCCAGCUGUGAUUAGGUGCUGGAGAACAACAAACGACCGAGCAUGCACAAAACACCGUCGAGCUUGACCCAGUGACGAGUGACCGUCCAUCGGCAGCUAGAAACUGUUUCCGUCCACAAAGAAAAACAAUGCCUUACCAACAAACAAAGUUUAAUCAUUUUAGAAUCAAUCACACGUUUUUUGAAAAUUUAAAUUCAAAUUCAAAUUCAAUCACUUUCACUUCUCACUAUGGUAUUUUACAUUAUAAAAAAGGCAAAAAAAAACCAAUUCGCAAUCUCACACGAAAUUUUUCCCAACUCUCGAAUCCAUCGAUACUGCAAAUCGCAUGGCAUUGAAAGCGUGCGUGUGUGUGUGUGGUAAGAACUAAUCUACCAAAUAUUAGGGCGUAAGUUAUCCUGACGCGGCCAACCACCGUGCAAUACACUGUUUACGUUUUCGUGAAUCUUUAUUUAUGUUUAACACGGCUACAACCACCAUUAUAGCAAGUGUAAGAUUCGUUAAUAUUUGUUACCCCCUAAGCAGCAUUAAGCGGUCCUGUGCACAGUCCCGAACCACCCCUCAAGUAAUUGAAAGGAAGGAACGAUGUGCAGGAUGGACAGAGCGAGUGUUUUUCUCUUCAAAAGCCAUACUUUAAAUUACUACGUUAGCGAUGGAAUAAGAUGGAAGUGAGUGUCCUCUUGUACAAAUUACGUUUUUCAAAUUAUAUAUUACGAUUACCGAUGGAGCGAUGCCCAAUGUAUUGUGCGUUUAAAAUAUUAUUCUUGUUCGAAUCAUCCAAUUAAAUCAUUUCUAAUAAAUACGUAUUUGUGUCCUAGUA